UCUGGUACAGAUGAAAUCAGACAGAUUAUACAGCAAGAAGCUGCUAAUGCUGAGGAAGAACGCAAUAUGGAGAAUAACAUACAGUCAGAAAGCUCCAGCGGGCAAGCAGUUAUCCCUAGGCAUUCACAGGAGAGAGGACACAGACGUGGCGGUAGGGGAAGAAAUGCUAAUUUUUUCAGACAUAGAUAUUCAGAAGAUCAUCCUCUACUUCAUAUGAUGAGACAAGUCAACAGACACAAUCGAACAAGGAGGAAUAGAAACCAACAAGAAGAGAGACAGCUACAACCAGAAAGAAACCAAUUUUCCUUCAGAAGAUUUCAUGGCCGUUCCCGAUCUCAUGACCGCCACAUUAGCAGAUCUCAUGGCCUCUAUUCCAGAAGAUCACAUAGCCGAUUCAGGAGAGCUCCUAUUCACUCAGAUAGAUCUCAUGUCUACUCAGGUAGAACUGAUAACCAUACAGAUAGACCACAUCAUGACAUCUCAGGUAGACCACACCAUGACCUCUCAGAUAGACCACACCACGACCUCUCAGAUAGACCACAUCCUGACCUCUCAGAUAGGCCACACCAUGACCUCUCAGAUAGACCACACCAUGAUCUCUCAGAUAGAUAG